AUGAGUGGAUGCCCACAUAAAUAUAAAGUUAAUACUGAAUGCCCACGAUGUAAACAAAGUAUUUGUGCUGAAUGUUUUUCAUCGAGUGUUAAAGAACAUUCGGAGUGCCCUGUUUGUAAAAGUCCAUUAACAGUAGCAUUUUUGGUUGAUUUAUGUCAUAAAGAAGCAAUCCCAAAUUUUAAAUCUGUUCAAAAUUUUUUAGUUGGAAGUUCUAUUUCAAAUAGAAAACGAUGCUCUGUAAGUCUUAGUGCUGAUGUUUCAAAACUUUCAGGGACAAUGGGUUCUAGUAUUGCACGCUCAACAUUUUCAGGUAUGAGUGAUACUACACUUUUUAUUGAUGAAAGUACAUACCAAGCAGAUGACAAUAGUAAUAUAUUUGAACAACCAGAUUCACCAGAAUUUAUUACAUUUACAAAAGAAAAAGGAUGGGAUUUUCCUAUUAUUCAAACAGCUACAUUACCAAAAAUGAUUCAAGUAAUAACAUCAAAAGAUUUUCAAGACCCUUAUUUUGCUGAAUGUCUUGUUUUUGGUUACCCAACUGUAAUGACUAAAGAAGAACUUAUUGGAUUAUUAGUAAAACGAUUUAAUCCACAAAGACCAGAAGGAAUGAAUUGGGAUGAAUUUGUUAGUUCUAAAUUAUCACCUAUUAGAAUGAAAGUUAUGGGAUUUAUUAGGUCAUGGGUUAAUUGGAGAUUUAGUGAUUUUGAUGAUAUUGAUAUGAGAACAACUUUAGAAUUACUUAUUAGAAUGUAUGAAACAUUUAAACCAAAAAUGGCAAAAUUUAUGAAAGAUUUUAUUGACAAACAAGAAAAAAAGACACAAACACAUAUUAGAGAAUUUACAGUAGGAACUGAAGCAAAAUAUAUGAAAGAUUUUAUAGAAGAACAACCAAUAUUUUCAUUUUCUAUUAAAGAUAUUGCACAACAAAUAACUUUAAUGCAAUUUGAUAAAUUUAGAAGAAUAACAGUUGAUGAAUUAUUAAGUCAAAUGUGGACAAAAAAAGAUAAUAAAACACUUACUCCAAAUAUUGUUGCAAUGAUGCAAUUAACUAAUAAAAUAUCAUAUGUUGUUCAAAAUAUUAUUCUUUCAUUAGUAAAAUUAAAACAUCGAAUAUUUGCUAUUGAAUUUUUUAUUAAAGUUGCAGAAUACUUAAAGAAAUUAAAUAAUUUUGAUGGAUUUAAAGCAAUACUUGCAGCAUUAGACUCAUCACCAAUUUAUCGAUUAAAAGAUACUAAAGAUGGAUUAAGUGAAGAGUCAAUUAAAUUACUUACUGAAUUUCAAUCAUUAGUUAAUUAUGAAUCAAAUUUUAAAAAAUUAAGAGAAAUUACUGCAUUAUGUGAACCACCAUGUAUUCCGUUUUUAGGUUCUACAUUAGGAGAUUUAGUUUUUACUAAAGAAAAUGAAAAAAGUGAAAAUGGUCAAUUAAAAUUAGUUAACUUCUUCCGUGUUAGAACUUAUGGUUCAAUGUUAAGAGAAAUUGUAAUGAAACAAGAAACUUCAUUUCCUUUCUAUUAUUGUAAAAAUCUAAAAGAGUUUAUUGAACAAUUCGAAUAUGAAGAAAAUGAAGAUAAAUUGUUUGAAAAAAGUGUUAGCCUUGAACCAACAAGAAAUAAAGAAAUAAGAAAUGAAUGUAUUCAUAAAAUUUAUAUAUCAAAAAAAGAAGAAAUAAGAAAUGAAAUUGACGAUAUUGGAGGAGAAGAAUUAAAUGAAUUUGAAAAGAAGUUAACAAAAGAACCAUUUUUAAACACAUUUAUUAAAAGGACAGUUGAACAAGGAGAUGACCUAUUAUUUAAUGAUUUAGUUAGUUCAAAUCAUAGAGCUAUAUUAGAAUAUUUUGAUAUUACAACAGGGGAUACGUUACUUCAUAUAGCAAGCAAAAAUUGUCAUGUUAAUAUUCUUAAGCAAAUUGUGGUAUUAAUAAAUUCAUAUUCACCUACAAUUUAUAUUGUUAAACAAAAUAUGCUUGGUUUCACUCCUUUAAUGUAUUCAAUAGAAAAUAAUCAUUUAGAAUGUACAUUAUUUUUAUUAACAUGUGGAAUUAAUAAUCUUAUAGCAGCUCAAACAAGAAUUGAAAAUAAAACUGCACUACAUUUUUUAACUGAAAGUAAAUUUUCAAAAAUUUAUAAACAAAUGAUUUUUAAUUUAAUGCAUUUAUCUUCUGAACAAAUUAAUGUUAAAACAAUUCAUGGUGAAACUGCUCUUGAUAUCGCUAUGUACAAUGAAAAUAAUAGUCUUCUUAUUAAAUCUCUUCUUCAAAGAGGAGCAAAUCAUACAGGAAAAUAUAUAGGAAAUAUCAAAUAUAUUGCCGAUAAUGAUUUUAUUCAAGAACGUUUAAUGUAUCGUUUCGAAAUUACUCAAAGUCAAGAAGAUAUAAAAGAAGUUAUGAUUAAAUCUUAUAAAAAGUAUGGGCAGGAUGAUACAAAUAUUGUUUUGUUAAAAUUAAAGGCAUUUGUUAAUGGAUUAAAUAAAAUGAGUCUUAUCUCUGAUUGGAAAAAAUUAUGUUUUAUAAAAGAUGAAUUAGAUUACUCAAAUAUAUUUGAUAAUAAAAUCUUUGAAACAGAUGAAAAACAUAAUUUUCUUAAUAAAUGUCUUGUUGAAUUAGAAUUGGAUGAUUUUAAAAAUCAUUUGGUUAUUCUUGCGCAUGCAAAAAAACUUGGUGGACAGUUGAAAGAAAGGAUUGAACCAACUAAUGUUAAUGACGAACAUUUAUUGGUGAAAUUAUUUAAAAUAAAACAAGAAUGUAUUGAACGAUUAGAAAAAAUCAAUAACAAAGAUAGUAUAAUAACAAAAAUAAUAUAUAAAUUGAAUGAAAUUGUUUUUUAA